UAAUACAGGGGUAGCUGUUUUCUUUAAUUUUACUUUUUUCUCUCUUUAACUUUAUUCCGUGAGUUUUGAUUUGUAAUAUAUGUUUCGAUUUGUUGUAGAUUUAGACAAGCAGGCUGCAGGCGUUAUCAUUAUUUUGAGUAAUUAAAUAACAUUUAUCGACAGAAUACUGGAAUCCCCAAGUAUUAAACAAUAAAUGAAAGGAUCUUGUCGCACUAGAGAGAGGGCGAUACAGUGCUCUAUCAAAACGUGCACCUUAGUAGAAUCAAUUAUAAAAAAGUGAGUAUAUUUUGUUUGAAAUUUAAAAGGAACUUAAUGGACAGAGAGCCAGCAGAAAGCUUAUUAAUUACAACUUAACGUGAUCCAAGUUGUUCGCAUAAGCAUGUUUUACAUGAUACAGUAUUUACCUACGUACAUUUGUUUCUGUAUUUUGAGAUAAUAAUGAAUGUUUGAAUUUCGCCACAAUAACUGUUCUCUUUACUAAUAAUAUCGAAUGUUUCGGGUCUGUAAUGUAUUCCAGCGAGUGUGUAACAUGAUUCAGCAGUGACAUGAGUAUCUACCUUCAUACCUAAUUGCGCAGAUAACGGAUGCAAUAUCCGCUGUAUCUACCGGCUCGGCUUCUCGUUCCAAAUAAUAUAGCUAAAUGUUUAUUAUAAUAUUUGGGUUUGCUGUUGUGGAAUUGAUCUUAUAAUUGGAAUGAAAUGUAUUUAACGUAUUCUGCAAAUAGUCAUUACUUUUACAUGUAAUUUUCAAGCUAGAUGGAGUCGAAUUUCCCUAUCUGGCUACCCUGAGAAGAAACUUAUAAAAUGCAGUGCCUUUCCUGGACUUUCCUUUGGAAGAAAGAGCUAGAUCAAUCUGAGCAACUAACGAAUAACUCAGGCAGCUUCAUUUUUUUUUAUAAGGGAGCCGCACAACCAGUCCCAUGACGAUACCGCCGGUAGUAUCAUAAAAAUGUUAGGCUGAAACCAUGUAGGUAGGUGGGAAAUAAUGAAAUUUGUUUAAAAAAAGACCUGCAUAGUAUUUAUCAUUAUAAAAACAAGUAUGAAAUGAAAAAAUAAUACUAAACUAUAUAUUUAAUGUCAGGAUUAGAACCUGCGACAGGUCACAUAGAAUGGGGACCUCAACCACUCGGCUCUGCAGUCAAUCAUGACUGUGAGACAGAUAUCGUGUAAUAAUAAAACACGUUGGGUCGUACGUCGCCCUAACUCCAGCGCUGUCGAUUACGAUACCAAUUUCAGGAGCGUGGGGAGCAAAUACGUGCGUACAUCUUACGUACUAACGGCAUUUUAUAUAAAACGGAUAGUACGCUUAGUCAGCGCUUAAUUAAUCGUCGUUACUGUCAUGGCGAUAUAUAAGUCCUACUUGCUACAAAAUAAUUAUGGACACCCAUACCCUCAGGGGAGGGAAUGGGUAGUGUCAGGAUUUUACUGACUAAGCCUGAACCGCCGUGCUACGUCAUCCGCGUUUAUGUGUCGGUGUAUGGCAAUGCGUUGCAAUCCUUCAUACAAAUUUCUUACAAGCAAACUUUCCCUACUAAUAUAAUAAACAGAAACACUUAAAAAAGUAUUCGGCUGUAGUUUCCUUGUGAUAUGUAAUAUUAGAACAGCUCACAUUAACAAUGAUGUUAUUGAUACAAGAAAAAUGGUGUUUAGACUUUUGUAGCCAAACUCGGUUGAGCUAUUUGUUUUUGUUUGAACACUGGCCUCUUUGGAAGGUAAAACUGUAUUGUAAUUGGUAUUAUGUAUUUGGCAGGUGGCUCAUGAAGUACAGCCAUAUUUAUGUAUUGAUUUGAUAAAUUUACCAUUAACACAGUGGUUUAUAUACAUAUAUUUUUCCUCAUUCUAAUAUUUUAAUGAGCAUUCAUAAUUAAAAUUAAGCUUAAUUGUUAAUUAAUAAAAUUGUGAUGUGUUAGUGUGAACAAAAAGUGUUUAUGUAGUAAAGUUUAUUAACACUAUGGGGAUGCUUGUAGAGACUCAACCCAAUACAGUUACCAUCACACCACAGCGUGGCAGCAAUACAACGCAAAUAAAAAAAGUAAGAAGUCACCUCCUCGUGAUCAUUGGGAAGUCCCCGAAACCAAGACAAACGAGUAUGGUAAAUGGAUAACCCAGUACACGGAAAACAGAACUAAGAUGGGGAAGGGCAAAACCCACGAGGAGGCAUCCGCUGAGGGGAGCGACGCUUCAAUCAAGGUUGGCCCGGAUGGAAUCAUUCCUGGAUUGGAUAUACCUACAGUAUGGCAAGGGCACGGCGUGGGCAAUGGCGGCCAGGACCCGCCGCCGUGGGCGAUCAUACCUUACGGCUUAGGAAAACCGAGCCUGUGCUUUAUGGAACCAGAUAAAGGUUACUGCGCUGAGAGAAAGACAAGGUGGGGCUACAACUCGUACAUGGCCGACUGCAGAAAGUUUUUGUACACGGGUUGCGGCGGUAACGGUAACAACUUUAUGACACGAAAGAGAUGCGAGGAAUCUUGUGUGGACGAGAGAGUAUCUAACUGCCAGAAGUAUGGAGAAUAUAUGGAGUAUUAAAAUAAAGUGGACAUUUUUAUUUCCCCAAAACGAUGGAAUCAUGUCUUGGAAAUGGUUUCAGUUCAUUCUCAUCAAUUUCUUUAGUAUAUUAAAUUCGGGGUAUCUCCUGAAUAUCAAAUAAAACAUAAUGCAUAACAUAAUAUGGACAAGGUUUUUAUUUUAUUUUCUAGUCAUAAUAAUUUACAUACGUACCAACAAUACUUAUGGUGUGCAAUAAGCAAGCCGCUUGUCCCACUUACGUGAAGUACUUUAAAUAGAAAAGCUGUUUGCCCGUGUAAGGCUAAUGAGAGUCCAUCAUACAUAUUUGUAGUACUGUAUGGUAAAGACCAGCAUAGCUUUCAUUUGCGCCAAAACAUGCUUCUGUAUAUGUGGGCAGAGUAGUAGCAUAAAUAACUAAGCAAUUUAUGUUCCUUGGCAUGCAGUCGUCUUCUUUGCGGGUCUCUUAAAGCAAACCUACGGUUGCAGCGUAGCUUAGCAGUCGGGGAGAAAGGAUUUUAGUUCAACCGGUCAGAGGGUUUACUACCACGUCUUAUGGGUAUUCCUGUAUGGUUGUUGAAGCGCGACAGCGCAAUUCAUGGCGUAAAAUGGCUUCCAUUAUUAAUUAAAGCUAUUGCAGAAACCCUCUUACUACAUGAACUACCCCCACACUAAGAAACAUGAUCCUCAUUAGAGAGGGAAUUCACG